ACGGCACUCAGGGAAGUGUUUGUUGGAGAUUUUGGGGGACAAUGGGAUGGGUGGCGACAGUGGGUGAUGGCGGAUUGCCGACUGGCGCGCGGAGCUGGGGAGCUGGCGAGAAGCAGCAAGCAGGACCUCGUGGGGCAGUGUGCCUGUUGCAUACGGACAGCCUUGUGUGAAGAGGAAGUAAGGACUGCAGCAGUGCUUGAAGUUGACUGUAAUAAUAUUCGGCCUAUCAGGUUCCUGGCCCGUUAGACUGGAUACAUGGUAAAGCUGGGAGGGCCCCGGGCCGUAGUCGCCCAGUGGUCGCCUUGUCUGCCAACCCCAGCAAACGCCCACCCACCGGCGCUCGCGUUCGCAAGAGCAAAAAUGGCCGACGACGAUUCUUCUGAACUGUCUUCGCUUUCUUCUCUGUCGGAGCCGCCUUCCGAGGAUGAAUCCGACAUCCAAUUGGAGGAGCGGCAGGGGAUCCUGAAAUUCUUCCACAAGGUUGACAAGAACCCAGCCUUGGAGCCCAAGGAGAAAAGCCCUCCGCGACCCAAGCGCGAGCCAUCACCGCCGCACGAAUAUGUCUUGGCGGAUAAUCCUGACAUUGCUUUCAUUGUCAUGUUCCGCGCCCGGUUUUCUGAAGCGUUCCCCAAGAGCCUGGCGAAUUUCGGUCCUCAAGAACUCGAGCGCGAUGUUGUCGAGACCGUUCCGGGCGAGCGCGUCGAGCACUUCCUCUGCGCGCUGCUGAGCCUACUCCUGAACCGCAAGCAGGAUGUCAAACCUGGGCAUUACAACCGCGCGCUCGAAGAAGCCAUUCAGACGCACAAGGGGCAGUGGGCGAAGGACUGGGAGAGCCAGAACCCGCUCGCAGGGCAGGCGACGUUUGCCUCGAUGACGCCAGUGCAACGGCUUACGCUGUUGCGUACCCUCGUGCAGUGGACGCUUUCCUCAUCAGACGCGGUCAGGACAAUCAUCAGCCAGCAGUACAAAAACCGGCACGAUGACGACCUCAACAUCCCCCUGAGCGUUCAGCCCUGGGGCAGCGAUGGCGACAAGCGCCGGUAUUUCCUCAUCGAGGGCAACGACGACACCUCGUUCCGCGUGUACAGAGAAAGCAAUCCCGCGGGCCUACAGAGGACGUGGUGGAGCGUGGCGGGCAACAUCGAGGAGCUCAAGGCUCUCAGCGAGAAGCUCGAGACGCAGGACGGCGGGCCGAAGGCGAAGGCUCUUGCCAAGAAGAUCAUGAACAGCAUCCCGCGGUUUGAGGCGACGGAGGAAAAGCGGCGGCGCAGGGAAUACCGCCAGAUGCGCAAGGAGCAGUUCAGACGGCCGGAGCCCGGGUUUUCGCUCUACGAAGGCCGCACUAGAGGCAAGCGCAUAAAGUACACGUACUCCGACGACGAGGCCGACUUCUUCUCGGACUCCACCACUCGCCGUUCAGCCCGCAACACCGGCAACCACACGCCCACCGAGCCCAGGGGCCCUGUUACGACAGCCAGUGGCCGGCAGGUCAGGGCGCCGAACCGGCUGAACGCGGAGAACGCCAGCGACGGGGCACCCAGCGCCAGCGCUAGCGUGCAGGGCGACGCCCAGGACGCGGAGCAGAGACCACUCACCCGCUCGGGCCGCCCUCAGAGGUCUGCGGCCGUGAACCACGGCAUGAACGGUUGGGCCUCGAAGAAACGGAAGAGUGACGAGUACGAGUCGGAGGAGUCCGACGAGGAGGACAGCGAGCCCGACUUCGAAGCUGACGAGGAAGACGAGCACGUCCCCGAAGAGUCGGAGGAGGACGAGGAAGAAUUCGAGGAAGAAGAGCUCAUGGACGAGGACCUAGAGGAAGCCCCCCCGCGCAAGAGCUUGAUAUGCAAGUUCCCGAUCAGGGUCGCCUUUGACGAGAACAACAAGGUGCGGCAGAUCCCCGGGCCGCCCGUCGCGAGCGAGAAACACAAACACCCCAGGGCGGCACAUCAGAACGGGAUCGUCAGCUACGAGGAGUCCGAGUCCGGCGAGACAACCACAACCCCCGAAGAGCCUGUUGUUGCGGAGCCUGAGCCGGAGCCGCCCGCGGCCGAGGUCAUCGCCGUCGCGACGAAGCGGAUGACGCCGCUCGAGCUAGCCGACAGCCAGCCUGGGGCUGGCGUGGGCAAGCAGCAUGAACCUGUGCAGGAGUCGAGCGCCGAUGCAAACCAGCCCCAAGGGACAGACGCCGGCGUGACGGACAGGUCACUCCCGACGCCCUCCAGUGAGCCGUCGGCACCCCCGGCGCUCAGGGGCAGCCCGGAGGCCGCACCAUCUGUCCCGCAGCCUGUCGGUUUUGUCUCCCAGGAGUGAUUAGACAUCU